AUUUUUCUGCCAUUUUCAUGGAUCUUCAACUUAACAAGGAAGACCUCAAAAAAACAACAGUUCUUGUUCAUGCUCUCUGUUUUCCACAGUCACCACACUGACAUUAUUAAGAAUCCCUCGUAUAUCCCUUUUCAUCUUCAUUUUCUACGUGCAUGAUUUCUUGAACGUGACAAUGUUCAUCUUCCUCAUCGAUUCUUGACAUUUGGUUAAUCGAAAAACUUUCUUCCUUUUUUUUUUGGUGGAUAUCUGGAAUAUCCAUAGAAUGGCGUGGUUUAAAUCAAGCUACAAUGUAGCCAGUCUUGCUGUUAGAAGUAUCCGCAGUCCACCGGGUGUAAUGCACCGGAUGGAAGGUCGAAUUUUUCCCUCAAAGCAUCGGUAUUUUCAUGCCACGGUCUGCAAAUCAAAAGGGCAACCCUCGUCAGUUCCCCAAUCCGUCCCCCUCUCUCGAUUAUCAGACAGCUUUCUCGACGGAACCAGCAGUGUCUACUUGGAAGAGCUUCAAAGAGCUUGGGAAGCAGACCCCACCAGCGUCGAUGAGUCGUGGGACAUUUUCUUCAGGAAUUUCACCGGACAACCACCCACGGCGUCCGGAGUUUCGGGGCAAACGAUGCAAGAGAGUAUGCGUUUGUUGUUGCUUGUCAGGGCUUACCAAGUGAACGGUCACAUGAAGGCAAAUUUGGAUCCCCUGUCUCUGGAACAGAGGGAAAUUCCGGCCGAGCUAGACCCUGCAGUUUAUGGGUUCACGGAAGCUGAUCUUGAUCGGGAAUUCUUCAUCGGAGUAUGGCGCAUGUCGGGGUUUUUAUCCAACAAUCGUCCGGUACAGACUCUCCGAUCGAUCCUGACCCGGCUCGAACAGGCCUACUGCGGCAGCAUUGGGUAUGAGUACAUGCACAUUGACGAUCGGGAGAAAUGCAAUUGGUUAAGGGAAAGAAUCGAAACCCCAACUCAAUUGCAGCACAACACAGAACGCCGGUUAGUGAUUCUUGAUCGAUUAAUUUGGAGUACACAAUUUGAGAAUUUCUUAGCUACAAAGAUGAAAACAGCGAAAAGAUUCGGUCUUGAAGGCGGGGAGACGCUGAUUCCCGGCAUGAAACAAAUGUUCGACCGGGCGGCUGAUCUGGGCGUCGAAAGUAUAAUCGUCGGAAUGCCUCACAGAGGGAGAUUAAACGUUUUGGGGAACGUUUUCCGAAAGCCUCUCCGGAAGAUUUUCAGUGAAUUUGAUAAGAAAUCAAAACCAGUGGAAGAAGUAGGACUUUACACCGGCACCGGAGAUGUUAAGUACCAUUUAGGAACUUCAUAUGAUCGGCCGACUAGAGGUGGGAAGCAUAUUCAUUUGUCUUUGGUUGCGAAUCCGAGUCAUUUGGAAGCUGUAGACCCGGUUGUAAUCGGAAAAACCAGGGCAAAACAAUACUAUUCAAAUGAUGUGGAAAGGACUAGAAACAUGGGUGUGCUCAUUCAUGGGGAUGGUAGCUUUGCUGGGCAAGGUGUGGUGUAUGAAACUCUGCAUCUCAGUGCAUUGCCAAAUUACACCACUGGUGGAACCAUACAUGUUGUGGUUAACAAUCAGGUCGCAUUUACUACUGAUCCAAGGUCUGGGAGAUCUUCACAGUACUGUACUGAUGCAGCAAAGGCCUUGAAUGCUCCGAUUUUCCAUGUCAAUGGGGAUGACAUGGAUGCUGUUGCUCAUGUCUGUGAGCUUGCUGCAGAGUGGCGCCAGACUUUCCACUCGGAUGUUGUGGUUGAUAUAGUGUGUUACCGGAGAUUUGGGCACAAUGAGAUUGAUGAACCUUUCUUCACUCAACCUAAAAUGUAUAAGGUCAUUCAAAAGCAUCCGUCGUCGCUUGAAAUUUACAAGACGAAGCUUCUAGAAUCGGGGGAGGUGACAAGAGAAGACAUUGACAGGAUGCAGAAAAAGGUUGAUGCUAUCCUCAGUGAGGAAUUCUUGAAUAGUAAGUCAUAUGUUCAGAAUAAAAGGGACUGGCUUUCAGCUUAUUGGCAAGGAUUCAAGUCACCUGAGCAGCUUUCGGUGAUUCAGAACACAGGGGUGAAACCGUAUGUACUUAAAGCUGUUGGCAAAGCUAUUACAGUUCUUCCUGACAAUUUCAAGCCUCACAAAUCAGUAAAGAGGGUAUAUGAAGAACGUGCUCGGAUGAUUGAAACAGGAGAAGAUCUAGACUGGGCAAUGGGGGAAGCACUGGCCUUUGCAACAUUGCUAGUGGAAGGUAAUCACGUGAGACUCAGUGGCCAGGAUGUUGAAAGAGGUACUUUCAGUCACCGGCAUGCUAUGGUUCAUGAUCAGGAAACUGGGAAUAAGUACUGUCCUCUAGCCCAUGUCAUGGAGGACCAAAAUGAGGAGAUGUUUACUGUCAGUAACAGUUCUCUUUCAGAGUUUGGUGUUCUUGGAUUUGAACUGGGUUACUCAAUGGAAAACCCGGAUGCUUUAGUACUGUGGGAGGCUCAGUUUGGUGAUUUUUCUAAUGGAGCACAGGUUAUAUUUGAUCAGUUUUUGAGCAGUGGGGAGGCAAAGUGGCUGAGACAAAGCGGGCUUGUGGUGCUGCUUCCUCAUGGUUAUGAUGGACAGGGCCCUGAGCAUUCAAGUGCACGUCUGGAGCGUUUUCUACAGAUGAGUGAUGAUGACCCCUAUGUUAUACCUGAGAUGGAUCCAACUCUUCGGAACCAAAUUCAGAAAUGCAAUUGGCAGGUUGUAAAUGUCACAACCCCUGCAAAUUACUUCCAUGUUUUACGGCGUCAGGUUCACAGGGAUUUCCGGAAGCCUCUGAUUGUAAUGUCUCCAAAGAACCUGCUUCGUUACAAGUUCUGCAAAUCAAACUUGUCUGAAUUUGAUGAUGUCCAAGGCCAUCCAGGUUUUGACAAACAAGGAACCAGAUUCAAACGCCUUAUAAAGGACCAGAAUGACCACUCUGAAGUUGAGAAGGGUAUUAGGCGCCUGAUUCUUUGCUCCGGAAAGAUAUAUUAUGAACUUGAUGAAGAGCGUAAGAGGAUGGAAGUGAAUGACAUUGCAAUAUGCAGGGUAGAACAGCUUUGUCCAUUCCCAUAUGACCUAAUCCAGCGAGAGCUACGACGCUAUCCAAAUGCUGAGGUUGUUUGGUGCCAAGAAGAGCCAGUGAAUAUGGGAGCAUACAGUUACAUUGCACCGCGACUUUGCACAACCCUGAAAGCACUAGGCAGAGGAUCUAUGGAGGACAUUAAAUAUGUUGGUAGAGUUCCAUCUGCUGCCACAGCCACUGGUUUCCUCCAGGUUCACCAAAAUGAACAGGCUGAGAUUCUCCAGCGAGCAAUGCAGCCUGAACCAGUGAAAUAUCCUUACUAAAACUGUUCCAAGACAAUCCUAUCUUGAUUUUCCCAACUCCUGUUCUUUUUCCAUUUUAUUUUCAACCAGAGCCAUGAACAUCAACAAUUUUUCCUUAGAGAAAGCAAUCUCUUAGUGAGUAAAAUAAUUGAAUUCAG